CCAGUGUCAGUGUGUGAAUUUUUUCCCUCCCCUUCUCUUUUUUUGUAACCAAAGCUGGAUGUGUAUAACGUCACAUAUUGUUUCCCUCUUCACUCCGGUCACUUUAGCGAUAUGGGUUAUUUACUGUUAAACAGCUACAGACGCCGAACGCACAGCCGGCGCCUGGAGUGAAACAGUGUCUCAGAGAUACGGACUAUAAACUACAGAGUUUCUCUCCAGCCUUCGAUAAGUGAGGAUAUAACAACAGGUUAACGAAAGUGAGAUUUGUUUUUUAAAGGACGAUAGAAUGGCGAGUCCUCCAAAUACUGGGGGAGGACACUUGUUAUCCAACGCGAACAUUAGUAACACAAAGAUUAAGAAAUGUGGAUACCUCAAGAAGCAGAAGCACGGACACAAGCGCUUCUUCGUUCUGAAGGAGCCGGACGAGGGCUUCCCUGCCCGGCUGGAGUACUACGAGAGCGAGAAAAAAUGGAAAAACAAGUCAGCGGCAAAGAGGGUUAUACCUCUUGACUGCUGCCUCAAUAUCAACAAGAGAGCUGAUGCCAAACACAAACACCUUAUCGCCCUCUAUACCAAGGACGAAUAUUUUGCCGUGGCGGCAGAGAAUGAAAAAGAGCAGGAGAAUUGGUACCGAGUCUUAACGGAUUUAAUGAGCGAGGGGAAAGUGUACUCAGAUGGCUCCGCAUCCAAUUCCGCGUCCUCGCUGGUGGGGUUUGAUGAGGCGAACUACGGGAUGAUUACGCCGGUAACUGCCGCGUAUAAGGAGGUAUGGCAAGUGAACCUGAAAUCCAAAGGGCUAGGGCAGAGCCGGAAUCUGACCGGGGUGUACAGACUGUGUUUAUCCAGCCGGACUAUCAGCUUCGUAAAGCUCAACUCGGAUGUCGCGUCCGUCAGUUUACAGCUGAUGAACAUUCGGAGAUGCGGGCACUCAGAAAGCUUUUUCUUCAUCGAGGUCGGCCGGUCAGCAGCCACGGGACCAGGCGAGCUGUGGAUGCAGGCUGACGACUCAGUGGUGGCGCAAAACAUCCACGAGACUAUCUUGGAGGCCAUGAAAGCCAUGAAGGAGCUGUCAGAGUUUCGGCCGCGCAGCAAGAGCCAGUCUUCAGGCACUAACCCCAUCUCCGUGCCCACCCGGCGGCACCUCAACAACCUUCCUCCAAGCCAGACCGGGCUCCAGCGGCGGUCGCGCACUGACAGCAUGGCCACAACUUCCCCGAUUAGUAAAUUUACCUCCUGCCGGAUACGCACUGCCAGCGAGGGAGAAGGCACCAUGGCGCGCCCCAUGUCUGUGAACGGGAGUCCCCUCAGCCCCGGUAUUCAACCGAACCUAUUAGGGAGAUCAAACACCAUUACAGCCCGGCCCUGUCGGACAUUUGAAUCCUCCUCCCUCCAGCACAGUAAGUCCAUGUCCAUGCCUCUGUCCCACUCUCCACCCACAGCCACCCCCAGCCCUGUCAGCCUGUCCUCCUGCUCAGAGAGCAGCGCUCCUUGCCCCUCCAGCUGCAGUGCCUCGGUCUCCCCCAGUGAUGGGGGCUUCAUCUCCUGUGAUGAGUAUGGCUCCAGCCCUGCAGGCCUGCACCUCACCCUCCGCAGUAACACCCCAGAGUCCCUGAGGGAAGACACACCCCCCUCCCGGGAAGGCAGCAGCCUGCACGGCUACAUGGUGAUGGAGAGACAGAACCAGAACGGUUACCGCCGGUUACCAGAGCUGGACAAGGCAUACCGGAAACGCACAUACUCCCUCACCACCCCGCGCCAGCACAGGGCACCGCCCCAGGUCUCCUCUGCCUCAUUGGACGACUACACGCUCAUGAGGGCCUACACCAGUGGUGGCCAAUCGGGUCGCAGCUCUCACAUGGCUUCCCCAAAAGUGACCUAUCCCGAGGACUAUGGCGAUGUCCAGAUAGGCUCCAACGGUCACCUAGGCGACAGUGGCUACAUGCCCAUGACUCCGGGCGUGGCCCCUCAGACAGGGGGGGUCAAAGGUAAUGCUUACAUGCCCAUGAGCCCCAUGUGUGUGUCGGCCCCAAAGCAGAUCAUCAACCCCCGCUCUCACCCCUCUCCAGCUGGGAUGGGUCCCCAUACAGAUUCCCCUGGCAGUGUGUCUCUGGAGGACAGCGGCUACAUGAGGAUGUUCUGUGGGGCCAAGAUGUCUGUGGACAGCUCAGAUGAGAAACUCACCAAUGGGGAGUACCUCAACAUGUCCCCUGUGGAGGUGUCCUUCACCCCCCCAGACUACUUCCUCACAGACACUACCCCCCAGCCUCACCCUCACCACAGACAGCCUUACUCCAUCAGUUCCCUAACCCGCUCUCUCAAAGCUCAGCCCCAGAGGAACGGUGUCACAGACACGGACCAGUACGUGGUGAUGAGUCUACAGAGGCAGAGGAUAGAAGAGGAGUCCAACUACUGUCCCAUCUCACCAGUCUCCAUCGGUACGCCCCCCACCAACACCCUCUCCUCAGCCCCCUCGAUCCUCAGAGCCAGCAGGGUGACCCAGGAGGGGGGUCUGGUCCACAGGGGGAGGGUGAGUCGGCCUACCCGGCUGGCCCUGGACUCUCUGAGGACACUGCCCUGUAUGAGCGAACACCCUCUCCCCUCUGAGCCCAGGAGUCCCGGGGAGUACAUCAACAUAGACUUUGGCAACGCCACACGAUACCCGCCUGUCUCUACCAUCACUGAAAGCUCUGCUUCAUCGCUGGGCUCGGUGGACGGGCCGGCGAGGAGUUCCCCGCCACUCUCCGAAUACGUCAACAUCAACAUCAGCUCAUGCUCUUCCAAACACAGGGAUUCCCCUUCUUCAAUAGGGCGCAUGGAGCCGAGUCCUGUGCUCCUCGUGUGUCCCAGCCAGCCUCACAGAGAGGACCAGAGAGAGGAGGGGGAGGAGGAGGAGAGAGAGGAGGGGAAGGAGGAGGAGAGAGAGGAGGAGGAGGAGAGAGUCAUAGUGGAAUAUCCUCUCCAAAAGCAUGUGAGCCCUGUGUGCCCGGUUGGCGCUGUAAAAGACGACUACACUGAGAUGACCUUCAGUCCUACCAACCCCUCUGCCUCUCUCCCUGCCUCUCUGUGCCCCUCUGACUCCACCACCCCCCUGCCUACCAGCCCCUCGUCCUGCAUCCAGAGACUCACCCUGGGGGGAGAGGGCAUAGUGGUGGUCCCCCCUGUCCCUGUGGAGUCCUUCCUCCUGGGGGGUCCCUCCAUCCCCCCCGUCAACCCAGACAGGGGGGCUAAGGUGAUCCGGGCUGACCCCCAGGGUCGCAGGCGCCACAGCUCCGAGACCUUCUCCUCCACAACCACGGUAACGCCAGUGUCUCCAUCGUUUGCCCACGAUGCCAACAUGCGGCACAGCUCGGCAUCGGUGGAAAACGUGUCGCGGCUGGUCCGGAGCUCGGAGGGCUCAGACGAGGAGUAUGGGAACAGCAACAGCCCCAUGUGCCGGGAGACGUCGGCAGGCUACCAAAACGGACUCAACUAUAUUGCCUUAAACCUGAUGGAAGGGAGCCUGGGGGGCUGCAGCAGUCUGGGGGGCUGUGAGGGACUGCUGAGGUUCAAGGCAGCGUGUGGAUGCAAGGGGGGCAUGAACGGUUUCAACGCCAGCCCCUAUGCCACCAUGGGCUUCAAGGAGACUGCAACAGCAGUGAAAGACUGAAAUCUGAUGGGACCACCCCUUCUCCUAUUAUCCCUGUUUCUCUCUCUCUCUCUCUCUCUCUCUCUCUCUCUCUCUCUCUCUCUCUGUCUCUGUCUCUGUCUCUGUCUCUGUCUCUGUCUCUGUCUCUGUCUCUCCUGGCUGUGAAAGAUGGAUAACGCUGCAGCCUAGUGACGAGGUCGCCACGCCGACAGCUGGACCAUGUGCUGCAGUAGACAAACUUUAACCUCCACCAUCCCCUCCCCUAGGGGUCAACAGGGCCGCCGUCAUCACGACAAUGUGGACACUUGACCCCCUCUCCCCCAAGUCUCCUAUCUUCACUCCCCCCUCGCGGCACCCAGACAUUGAGGGGCCGUCGCUGCUGCUAUCUAGACAAAUAAAAAGAAUGUUUCUUCAAAGAUUAUCUAUGUACAUUCAAAGUUACUUCUGCAAAAUUAUAUUAUUACUAAUACUAUUAUUAUCAUUAUUAUUGUUAUUAUUAUUAUUAUUCCACUGGUUACCGUUUGGCUUUGCCUGACAGGGCCAGUUAACCUCACCUUGAACCAAACCUCAAGACAUGCGAAACACACGUUAUACAUACUUACACAUGUUUAUUUAUUUAUAUGUGUGCACUUAGUGGUGCAUGUGUGUGUGUGGAUGUGUACACUGAAUUUGUACUGAAGAGAGGUGGCAUUUUACGAAUAUAUUCAACAACGUAGUGAGUUAGCAGUUGCUUAAAACCCCUACCUCAGAGCAAACCAGGUUAGUACUUAUUUACACACCAGAAAUAUAUAUCGAGAUAUAUUUAUUUAUUUUCAGAGGUGAAUGUUUUUAUGAACACCAAUCCAAAGCCUUACUACUCCUGUCCGCAGUUUCUGACGGACGUUUAGUUUGGACCUAUAAACACACAGAAAAUCAAAGACUUAAAUCCAUUGCCAUGGAGACGGAAUGUUUGUCUGAGCAGCCGGAGAGGCAGAAAUGUCUGUCUGACCUCUUUCCCUCUGCAAUCAAAGAUUAUUGAGAUUAUUACAGUUCGUUGACAUAUAGUUACUAUAUAUUAAUAUGCCAUAGUAAUAUAUUUAUCAUUGCGUACAAAGCUGACGAGAAGAAGCUGUUCGUCAUUAUUCAACACUUUAGUUAAAGCCAGGAGAAUGGGAUCCAGGAGGAGUUUCCUGGAGUAGGACACACACAUCAUCAUAAUCAUACACACAUCCGCAUGUCCCAGUUUGACCUGGGCUGGUGGUCUGUUGUUAAUGCCUAGAACACCAUCAUUGAGACAAAGCCUUCAUAUACUUUAACAGAUUACCUAGUUCACUCACAACGACCCACCUGUGACACGUUAUUCUCACCUGAUGCCUCAGCACGGCGCCUGUGGUUAGCUGCGAUAGGCUAUUUGGCACAGAGGUGUGCUGUGAUUGGGCUGUUGGGCAGACUCAUGACUGGUUUUCAGAGAGGUUUUGACAUGCUUGAAGCCAUGGCUGCAGCUUUGGGCUGUGAGACAGUAAGUAAGGAGGAGACACAGCAGAGCUAAUGCUGCACGGUCUUGCACUUACAAACUGCCUAGAUUGUAAACACAAGACACUUGAAUGUAGUCUAUUCCAUGUUCUCCUCAUGGGGAACGUAACCACCUUGACAACGAGAAGAAAUACCACAACAAUAAUAUCUACUACAACUGCUACAGAAUAAGACAAAAGAAACAGGCAAAAACGUAAUGAACAAAAAACGGAGUAAGGACGAAGAGUGUCGCUUACUUUGUCAGUUCAUUGGUACUCAACGUUCGCCUAUAUACUGUAAAAAUGUACAAAUACAGAGAAUACAAUUGAGCGCAAGCUGAACCUUUUGUUUGAGAGAAAUUUUAAGUUAAAGAUGAUAAAUUAUGUUUGUACUGUUUAUGUGUUUGGAGUGAAUUCCCAGAAACAAUGAAAGCACUAAUUAUUAAGUUAUAUACAAGCAGCAAUGUUUGGCCUGGAUUUUAAAAUUAUUAUUACAGGAUGGUCUUGUGAAAUGAUUGCCUCUACAAGGACAUUUUCUAAUGCUGUAAUUCCGAGAAAUACUUUAAGAGAACAAAUGAUUCAUUAAUACUUGACAUACAAGUUUAUUCUUGCUACUUAGGUACAUUUCACGAAUGGCACAUGCAAUAUUUACAUUUUUAAGAAAUUUGUUUAUAGAGAGGUACCAAAUGUAUAAUAAUAUGUUAAUAAUGUUUGUUAAACCUUAAAAUAUAUUCUUUUUUUGCUCUUUGUAAUUUUUUUCUGCCAAUUGAUAUAAUGGAAAGUGUUCUGUUUGUUUUUGCUAAUAGAGCGUAUUGGUGAUUUGACCAGUGUUUUUUUGCAUUUGGAUAGCGUUCCUGUUGGGUUUUUAUUUAGUGUCUAAACAUUAGGAUGAUAUGACGACCUAGCUUAACUUGCUGUGUCUUCCAUUGUAAAUACUUCAUAUCUCAUGACUUAUUGAGAUGCUACUAAGAGAUGAUCAUUUAAACCUAGUGUAGUUGCCAUGGCUUUGGACUGUAUUGAUUCUUUAUAGACACAUGCAAUAAAGAAUAACAUUGUUUAAGAAAG